CUUCAAAAUGGCGGCGGAGAGAGUAGCGAAUUCGUUGAACCUUACAGCGAUAAAGAAAAGCGAUCAGUGUGCCAUGAAUAUCUUGGAUAAUGCAUCACAAGUGGCACUUUACAAGUUUAACGGUGAUACACAAGCCUGGGAGAAAACGGAAGUGGAAGGAGCCUUAUUUGUGUAUAAUAGGUCUGCUACACCAACAAGUGCCUUUUUUAUUAUGAAUAGAUUGAGUAUGAAAAAUAUGAUGGAGCCAAUAACAAACACAAUGGAGUUUAAACUUCAAGAUCCAUUUCUCCUGUACAGGAAUAGUGCAAAAGAGAUAUUUGGUAUUUGGUUCUAUGAUGUUGAGGAAUGCAAAAGACUAGCCAGCCUAUUGACUAUGAUCAGUUCCCAGAAAAAUGCAUCAGGAAGUGCCACAGUCAUUUCACCCAAACCAUCAUAUGCUCAAGAGAAGCCAAAGGAGAAUCCAAGCAAUACCACAGAGGAAAAAGUUGAUAUCAUGCAGUUAUUUGCCAAGGCCCAGGAGAAAUACAAUAAUCAGUCCAAGGCAAGUGGUGCAAGUGCAGCAGCUACUCAGGUAGUAAACGCAACCCCAAGACCACAGAUACCUUCUGAGCAAAGAGAACAUCAACAGCGAUUCCUCCAACAAAACCAACAACCACUGGAACAGUUUCAAAAAAUAUUGCAAACUCAGGACACACAGCCAAAGAAGCAAAGAGCACACUCUACCCCUGUCCCCUACCUGUUAGGAAAUUUGUCACUGUCCCCUGUGGGGAAAGGACCAUCCAAAGGGGAGGGGCAACAGAAUGGUGUAUCACCAGCAAGGGAGGGACAGACAAGUAAGAAUAUGAAAGUGAAGAGUAUCCCUCUGUCAGAUGUGAAGGCUCCAGUAAUUUCAGGUGAGGUGCAAGGAUCCAUGAAUAGAAGUCAGGAUGACUCUGCAGUUACUGAACAAGGAAAAGCAGGAGCACAAAGAAAGUUAUUUCAGAACGAGAAGGUGGAAGCAAAAAGCCUGGCCAUGGCACCUGCAAUACCCACAGUUCCUCCACAGACAAUAAUGGCGUCUCACGCAAAGGACUCUCCUCAGAAGCCACAGCUGGACCAAGGGGGUGCUACAGCAGCAUCACUUAUGUCUCCAUUAGCGUUCAAAACCUCAGGGAAAGUGACUGUUCAAACACCAACACCACCUCAGCCCAAACAGCCUCCAAAAAUGGACAUCGCUCCCCUAACACAAGAGCAGCUAGUUCAAGCGCUGACAUAUUUAUUAAAGAAUGACUCGCAGUUCGUAGCCAAAAUACACGAGGCAUACUUCAAAAGUCUUCAGGAGAAAUUACCAACGUAGCCAUAACUGUCUCCACGAUUGGUAUUCCUUUGUCAAUCAGCAGGCAAAAACCUGGAUUCCUUUUUGCAGUGGGACACCAAAGGUAGAAGAUAUCGACCUGAAGGGUUAUGUGAAGAAGGAUAUAUGAUGGCAAGGUUUAACACGUUUUAAAUCCAAUUGAAAAUAAUUCAAUAGUAAAAAAUUGUGAGGAUGAUUGGGAAGCUAUGAGUAUCUCGUGAUAUCCAAAAGUAAGUUUUUCUAGCAUGUACAAAUUUUUCCUUUAAUUUUAGUUAAUGUUUGUUGUACUUUUAUGUGAUAGAGAAAUAAUUAUUGACCAUGAAACUCAAGCAAAAAGGAAUAAUUAUGGAGACGAAUGAAGGGACUAAAGAUGACAAACUUGGAAUAAAUGUUUAACCCUUUUCGUACUAACAUCAGUAUGCAUAUUCUCCGUACUGUUUUUGAUACAUUUUAAAAGUUUCUGUCCGGGAGAAUUUGUUUUAACAAUCAAGAGCUUCUUUAGUCAGUGAUCAUUUACUUUAUUCUUGUGACAUUAAUGUGUGAUUCAGGGCUGAUAUUGUAAGGAGAAACUAGAUGCCAGUCACUCUUAAGUGUCAAAGGGUGAAAUAUGCAGUACACAGAAAGACGCAUAGCCCCCAUUUAACAAAUUGCUUCGUAGUUUUACUGUUAGAUUGUUUUUGUUUUAUGCCUGUUUUUGGGGAGCUCCAAGUCUAUUUACUAGAUAUGUUUUUGUCGAGUGUUGGGUAUUAUUGUAUUUAUUGUAACGCUAAUGUGUCUCAGAGCGCAUUUCGAUUGUGUGUCGAAAAACAGAACCAAAGUAAUCACCUCGGCCAAUCACAGUUAAGUGAGGUAUCACAAUAAGUCAAUGGGGACUCGAGGGAAAAACAAGCCUACCGCUUGAAGCGCGGGAAAACGCGUUAACCAAGACACAAGUGGGUUUAGUUUUGAAUCUGAUUGGUUGAUGAAGUGGUGCGUUUUUUGUGGACAAAUCAUAGAGCAAGAAAAGCAAAACCAAAGCAACCCAGAAUUACUUUCGACACUCAAUUUUUUGCGUACUUGGUUGCCAAGCCUUUUUAACAUGAGGCUAAGGGUGACCU